CGAUGGAUGAGUGAAAAAUAGUUGACACCACAUAUUACACCUAUAUAUAACUGUCCUUUAUUCCUCUUAUGGUUACCAAAUCUCAGUUACUUUUACAUAACAAAAAGGCAUUUUCCUACGGUAAAAAGGAAUCUAUAUACUUUAGACACUAUUUUUGAGUGAAAAAAAAAAAAGGCUGAAUCUACGACUAUGGAGAUGAAGCUUGAAGAACAAUUAGUGGAUAUGGAGGAAGAGAAAGGUGAUGAGAAACCAAGAGAAUUGUUUCUUGCAGAGCUAAAUCUUGUUUUAAUUCUUUCGUUUUUUUCAUUAUCAUCUGAAGAACGAAAAUUAGAGGAAUUGGAGAUUGAUAAUGACAAAGAUUAUCAAGCACACAACGUUAUUUCUAAACUGAAGUCCAAAAAACGAGGAGGAAUUAAUAAAUACAGGGCUACUGAUCAACAUGAAUUUCCCAGGUUCCAGACCAAGAUUAAGGAUUGCAGACACUGCAGAAGGAUGUGAGGAAUAACUUUGGAGCAAAGCAAGCAGAAAGAAACUCCCACAAGAGAAUGUCAUUUCCAUUUAUGGUAGAGGAAAAUGGAUGAGACAGAGAGAGAACAGAAUCUUUUUUUUAGAGAAGAUAGAGAAAACGAGAGACAUGCAUUUGCAUGGCAAACAUCUUUAAAUUAAGUUUACAGAAGCAUUCUUAAUACUUUCAUAUUUUGUUUCAGCAUUUUAUAGAGCAAUUCUGUGUUUUUGCUGUAUUAUGAGCCAAGGGUCUAUCGAAAACAACCUCUCUAUCUUCCAGUUAGGGGUAAGGUUUGCGUACACUCUACCCUCUCUAGACCCACUUGUAAAAUUUCACUGGGUAUGUUGUUGCCGUCGUCGUCAUUUUGUAGAGCAAUUUAUUGCAGAGCCACAACUAGAUAAAUAAAUAAAACGUUUUGUAGUCUCAUAUAACCACAACUAAACAAUGUAUUGGCAAAUCUAAUGACGUUUUACUCCAGUUUGUCAACAUAGA